GCUGCAUACCCAUAUUUAUUUAUUUACAUGUACGGGCUGAUCAAAACAAAACAUUCCGACUUUAAAACAUUGUAAAACAAGCAGAAAAAACAAAAUAAUUUUAUUUUUUUAUUAGCUUAUUUUAGUUUGGCCAUUUAUCUUGAGUACAGAAUGAUAAGGAAAUGAAAAUGUACGUUUUACGUCUCUUUUGUGGUGGUCUUUAGGCAGGCUCAUGUUAUUCAUCCUGCUGUGGGCUCCUGGCCUUUCCUCCCCGUGGGCUGCGGGGAGAUUUGGGGGCUCCCUGGGGGUGCACUGUGGGGCUGGCUGGUCCCUGGGGUGGCUCCAGCCCCCUCUCCCACAAAACCAGGCAGGGCUUUGCUGGUUCCAGGCACCCCGGGGCACUCCGAGCUCCCCCAGCCCGCGGGGGCUCUCGCCACAGGGGCUUUGUCCCCAGCCUGGCUCUGCCUGCAGCGGUUCCACGCUGUGCCCAGAUAACUGCAGUGUGCAGCUCUGCGUGCAGGAGAUAAUCUGGAGACACCAAAUGGGUGUGUGGGAGGAGAUCUGUGCGCUGGGCUGGGCUGCAUUUAUAUAAGGAGGGGGGAGGCUGUGUUUUCUUCUAUAUCCCAACCUGCUGAAAGCCUUGUUUGUUUUGAAAGGAGGGAGAAUCCCCUUGGAGAGGGGGCCUGGGUGCUGGAGGCCCCCAGGUGGGUGUGCACGGGCAGAGCACGAUGCCGUUCUUGCACGGCUUCCGCAGGAUCGUCCUGGAGUACCAGCCCCUGGUGGAUGAGCUCCUGGGGCUGCUGGCCACGCCCGACAUGGAGAGGCAGAGCUCCCUGGAGAGCCCUGCCUGCCUGGACAGUGACAGGAGCCAGCUCUCAGCUGUGCGAGGAGUCCUGGAGAGGGAGACCCACUCCCCAUUUUAUCAGGAAGGUGUGAACUAUGCCCUGCUGAAGGUCAGCGAGCUGGGGCUUGUCCCUGCUGCAGAAAUCCUCCUGGAAUUUGGUGCUGACCUCAGCUUUGAAGACCCAAUCACCUACUACACCCCCCUGCACAUCGCGGUGCUGCGUAACCAGCUGGACGUGGUGGAGCUCCUGGUGCGCCACGGCGCCGACAUCAACCGCCGAGACCGGAUCCAUGAGAGCAGCCCCCUGGACCUGGCCAGCGAGGAGCCCGAGCGGUUGCCGUGCCUGCGGCGGCUGCUGCAGCUGGGGGCCGACGUCAACGCCGCUGACAAGAACGGGAAGACAGCACUGCUGCAUGCCCUGGCCAGCAGUAACAGUGGCCAGAUCCACAACACUGACAACAUCCGUCUCCUGCUGGAAGGAGGUGCAGAUGUCAGGGCUGCCACCAAAGAUGGUGACACUGUCUUCACCUAUGUCAUCUACCUGCUGGGAGAGAUGGUAUUCAGCUACACCAAGGAGCAGGCCGAGGACAUCGAGCGCUUCUGCUUCUGUGUCACGCAGCUGCUGCUGGCCCACGGUGCCAACCCCAGCGAGUGCCCAGCCUCAGAGUCCCUCACACACUUCUGCUUAAAAAGCUUCAAAGACUACUUCCCAAUGCUGCGGUUCUUGCUGGAGUCAGGUGCUGCCUACAACUGCUCCCUCCACGGUCCCUCGUGCUGGUCCGGCUUCCACAUCGCCUUUGAGCGCCUCUGCUGGCACCUCAGUCGCUCCGAAGAUGAAACCUAUUUCACAGAUCUCAUCCAGAAGGGUCAGACUCUGCUGGAGCUCAUGAUGGCCAGUUCACAAGCCAUCCAGCUGCCCAGUAAUUUUGAGGUGAACACCAGCAGCUGUAGGUUCCAUGGAGAGAAGGUUCAGACUCUGUUCUGCUCUCUGAAGCAGCUGGAGCGCUCGCCACAGGCACUGAAACACCUCUGCAAGGUGUUCAUCCGGCAGUGCCUGAAACCGUGGCCAGUGGAUGACAAAAUCAAAGCUCUGCCUCUCCCAGACCGGCUGAAGUGGUACCUCUGCAUUGACCAUGCUGCUGCUGGGCACGAGGGCCUGUGAGCCUGACAGUGCCUCUGUCUGCUCCCUCCCCAGUCCUGCUGUGCCUACAGCCAGCAUGUCUCUGCUCUGAGACAGUUUUCUCUGCAGCAGGAGGUGCUGCCUGAGUCCCUCUCUGUGGCAUUCCCGGGGUUUUCUUGGGCACAACGUCACACGUGUUUGUUAAGGUCUCGUUGCUCUGGGGCACAUCAUGGGGAGGCAGGCAGAGCUCCUGGGCAUGGGGGAGCUGGAUACUGGGGCUGGUUUGGAGGGAGAUUAAGCAAAGGCCUGGGGGCAGAAUCAGUGGGCUGGGGGCUGUGACUGGACAAGCAGCCUGUCCCCUCUCUCCCAGCUCUGCCGUGGGUGGGUGAUGCAGUGCCUUAGUGUCCAGAGGAGUUGAGAGAUGCCUCGGGGUGCUGGGAGAAGGAAGAGGUGUUCUGGCUUUCCUGCCUCUGGUUCUGGUGGUGGAAGCAGGUCCAGCAUCAUCCUGUGGAUGUGGAUGCCUUCCUUGCUCAGUGUGGACUUCUGACACUGGGAAUGGGAGUGAAGGGAAGCGGGGCUGGGAACGGUGCUGGACUGCUUCCCACCCUCUGAGUUUCUGCACCCCAUCCUGGCACAGAGGACCAUCCACCAAGGACAUCUGAGAGUUACUGGGCUCCAAAACACACAAUGGAAUGUUUCCUGACUUCAUGGUGUGUUCCCUGUGCAAGGAUGAGGAAUGGGCUGUCAGCAGCUGAGUGCCUUGUGCCUCCUUCCCCAUUCCUUGGCUCUUUCCAUUGGUGACCACUCCCAGGAUCUUCUUCAGUGCCUCCUUCCCAGGAACAAGAAAUUGCUGCACAUGGAGGGCUGAUGUUCCAGCCUUGCCACAUCUGCCUGGCUCCCUUUCUAGGCACCUGCUUCCUCAUGACAUGCCAAAGCCUGGCAGGAGCUGAACCCCACACAGUUUUGUUGGUUUGUUUGUUUUUCAUGGGGAACAGAUGUAGAAGAUGAAGAGGAAGAAUCUGUUCUGAUUACAGACACUUUGUAUCUGAGAUUCACUGGCAGUUGGAACUGGAACUGUGUGUCCUGAUGAACUGGUGCUUAAAAAAAAUCCAAUAAUGUGAUCAAGUUCUGCCCCGGAAUGGGAACUGAACCAUUAAACGAGGCCUUCUAUAAUAACACCAGGGGCUUGUUUUUACUUAGGAGAAGUGGGCUGAAGGACAGAAACAAGGGGAUGGCUGGAGGGUCGAGCUGCAGCAGACUCUGCACUGGGCUCACCCUUGGCAUGCUGCUGUGCCACCUUGGGUCAGUGGCCAGACUUGGGUAAAUGAAGGGAAUAUAACCAAAGAGGAGAUGGGAGUGUUUAAAGCCAGGGGAUACUGUGGGGUGCUGGGGGAGCAGCUGCAGCGUCACAGCCAUGGGGCUGGAGGUGAUGGGCAGGUCUGGGAGCAGCUCAGACCACACCAGUACACUCCUAGAAAUUGCAAGGCUUUGUUUGGGAUACCCUUAUCCCUGGAGGAGGAUGUGGGGGACUCGGGGUUACACACACCUCCCUUUUUGUUGCCCAUGUAGGAGAUCUGCCCCCUCAAAGCCCCAGAACCCAGUGCUGCCUCCCCACACCACCGCAGGGGAUCAGCAGAGGCUUCUCCCCUUUGCCUUGCCCAGCUCACUGCUGAGCAGCAGGAAGGGGUGAAACACCCGAGCAAAGAAUGGAGCCCAGUCCAUCCAAAGGUGCCCCAAGCUCCUGUUCAUGAGCAGGAGUCCUGUGCACUGCAGUCAGCAACCUGCAGCU